CGGUGUUACAAGUCUUGCGCUUUCGUUAUUGCCCACGCAAAUUGAGAGGCAAUUGAAUAUACACAUGUAACACAUUGUAUAUAUGACCACGGGAAUUACGUUUACACAAUGAAUAUGUACCCGAUCUAAAGGUCUAUAGAUAUACAGUUUCGGGAUUUGUGCUCACAAUUUCGGAGGUUUUUGACUUUGAUUGUGUAUAUAAUACCGGGAUAUACAGCGUUGAAGUAUACGCAUUGAAUAUACUUAGUCUAGGCGUCCUUUGGGAGUUUAGCGGAGGGUUUUGUUUCGAUGGCACAGGAAAGCUGGAAGAAAAUGGAAGAAGAGAGCGGGCCGCAGCCGCCAGAAGGACCGAUCAUGUGCAGCAACAAGUGCGGGUUUUUUGGCAGCUCGGCCACCAUGAAUAUGUGCUCGAAAUGUUACAGAGAUUAUGUUUUGGACCAGACGAAGGCGUCUAAAAUUAAAGCCGCUGUGGAAAAAUCCCUGGCGGUGGAUUCAAAUUCCUCGGUUGAGCAAAACUCUAGGGACAAAAAUACCCUUCUCGCGUCUGUUUCUUCUUCUUCUUCUUCUUCAAGUGAUGAGGGUUUGUUAAUGGCUGUUGCAGGAGAAAAGCGUAGUAGUCCGAAUCGGUGCAGUUCGUGCAGGAAAAGAGUGGGUUUGACGGGAUUUAAGUGCAAAUGUGGGGAUGUUUUCUGUUCGUUGCAUCGCUAUUCGGAGAAUCAUGAUUGUUCUUUUGAUUACAAGACGGCCGGCCGGAGGGAUAUCGAGAAGGCGAAUCCUCUUGUGAAGGCCGAGAAAAUUCAGAAGAUUUGAGAUCAGGUUAAUUGUAACGCUAAUUAGAAUCUUCUUUCAGGUGCGCGAUUGUGGUGAAUUUGACAGAAUGAGGGUUCAAUUUUUUUCUUAAUUGGGUAUAAAAGCUAGAUGCAAGUUUGACCCAUCGAAUGGAUUAUUCAGAAUAUGCUGGCAUGGAGUAUACCUAAUGAUGAGUUGUGUAUACCUAAUGAUGAGUUGUAUUGUUGUGAGAGUUUUGAGUUUGAUCGAAAGAGGUUUAAUAAUCUCUUAUAGGGAAUAACCGCUACUAUUAUAGCAUUUUGAAUCAAUUGAACAAAUAGGUUGGCAUGGGUAAUGGUUAAAUACCAAGUUAUAUCGUUAUGCAAUUCUGAUGAAGCUGACAAAAGGGAUUCGAUCAUUUUUAAUAUGGGAUAACAGCUGUGCAAUUUUUACUUAUGAAAUGAAUUGGCCAGAAUAGGUAGGCACGAAGUGUAGUGAGUACUUAGCGAUAUCGUUGUGUAAUUAUGAUGAAGUAAGAAUUCAAUUAAAAUUUAGCUGACUAUGUCAAAAUGGAUUGAUCAGAAUAGGUUGUCAUGGGCAAUAAUGAUCGAAUUUUGUUGUGCAAUCA